AAAGAAACUUCAAUGUAGUUGUUUUAAUUUUAUUUUAAACCUUAGCUUCGCUGCCUUUAAAGAUGUUUUAUGUAUGUAUAGGGAACGCAAAUACUUGUAUUGAAAUAAACCUACGACAGUUACAAGUAGGUGUACACAUUUACACGCGAUAAGGACAAAUUAAGGAUGUUUUAUAAGCUUUUGCACUUUAACUAAUUCCCUUUGGGAGUUAAGCGUCACCGUGGGAUGCGCUAAACCAGGCCUCUUUGUAGAGCCAGCGCCGCGGCACCGGUAGGGUUAAAACUCUGGAAUGUGGGUUGGAGAGUGGAACGCGUAUGUAGAUUAGCAGAUUAGAGCGAGCGAGAGAGAUGCUAAUGUUAUGUUAAUGAAGUGCUGGCUGGGAAACUGAAUCAGGUCUCGGAUCCAGACUGUUGAUGGACUUAAGAUGGUGGCUAGAGAUCGCCGGCUGGAUGUAAAUAUAUGAAUGUUUCUUUCUGAGCCGUCUGCCUCCCCUGUACUUAUGGAGGACUUUUCAGACCUUGAUCAUGCCUAGGAAGGGGAAUGGACAGUUGCCUUUACCGGAUGGCUGGGAAGAAGCGAGGGAUUACGACGGGAAAGUGUUUUACAUCGACCACAAUACCAAGCAAACCAGUUGGAUCGACCCCAGGGACAGGUUAACAAAGCCCUUGUCAUUUGCAGACUGUGUGGGAGACGAGCUUCCAUGGGGCUGGGAGGCUGCCUAUGACCCUCAGAUCGGUGUCUAUUACAUUGACCAUAUCAACAAAACCACCCAGAUAGAAGAUCCACGGAAACAAUGGAGAAAAGAACAAGAGCGAAUGUUGAAAGACUACCUUUCUGUUGCCCAAGAUGCCCUGUCUACCCAGAAGGAACUUUAUCAGGUGAAAGAGCAAAGGCUGGCGCUAGCGCUGGAUGAAUAUACGCGACUGAACGAUACAUAUAAGGAGAAGUCAAGCUCUCGGACGAGUCUGUUCUCAGGAUCUUCAUCAAGUACAAAAUAUGACCCUGACAUUCUUAAGGCAGACAUUUCAACUACACGAGUAAGGGUAAAGAAGCUGAAAAAAGAACUUUCACAAAUGAAGCAAGAGCUGCUAUAUAAGGAGCAAGGGUUUGAAACCUUACAGCAAAUUGACCAAAAAAUGUCUGGUGGUCAAAAUGGAUAUAAGCUGAAUGAAGCCAAGGCCAUUUUGACUGAGCUGAAAUCCAUCAGAAGAGCCAUUAGCUCCGGAGAGAAAGAAAAGCAAGAUCUGAUGCAGAGUCUUGCAAAGCUGAAAGAACGAUUCCUUUAUGAGCAGGGUAUGAGGCGAUCAGAACCAGAUCUGCGAUCUGCUUCAACAGGUUCCCAACUUUCUCUUACCAGGCAAAUGUUGGAUGCAGGUUCUCAGACAGACAUCUCCGGUGAUCUUGGAUUGAGAAGCCGGUCAAACCUGGCAGAGAAGGUCAGACUGAGUCUUGAAUAUGAAGAAGCAAAGAGAAGCUUGGCUAACCUAAAGAUAGAGCUAGCUAAACUUGACAGUGAUGCAUGGCCAGGAGGGCUGGAUGCAGAGAAGGAAAAGCUGAGGUUAAUAAAUGAGAAGGAGGAACUUUUGAAAGAACUUCAGUUUGUUACACCUCGGAAGCGUACGCAGGAUGAGAUGGAUCGUCUAGAAUUGGAGAGGAAGAGGCUAGAAGAUGAACUCUUGUCCGUUAAAAGCACACCUAGCCAAGCACUUGCAGAAAGGUUAAAACUACAAGAGAAACGGAAGGAGUUGGUCCGAAAGCUUGAAGAAACAACACGAUUAGCAACAUAUUUACAGUCACAACUUAAAAGCCUAUCUGCCAGCACAUUGUCUGUGUCUUCAGGGAGCAGCCUGGGCUCACUGGCAUCCAGCCGGGGCUCUUUGAAUACAUCCAGCAGGGGAUCACUUAACUCUCUGAGUUCUACUGACCUUUACUACGGUCAAGAGGAUCAAGGUGUGGAUCUGGACUACCAGUACAAACUAGAUUUUAUGCUGCAAGAAAAGACUACCUACAUUCCCUCAGGACCUAUAACUACUAUCCAUGAAAAUGAGGUAGUAAAGUCCCACAGUGACUUGCGCUAUAUAGACUCUUCCGAAUCAUCAGCAGUAGGAAAUGUGGUGAAAUCAGCGGAGCCUCCUAAAUCUGUGACCUCAUUAUCAUCUCGAUCAUCUCUAUCAUCUUUGUCUCCUCCGGGUUCACCACUGGUACUGGAAACAACGUUUCAGACAUCAGCGCAGGACUUGCCUUUGCAUCACCUCACCUCUGACUUUGAUGAUUGUGAACUGCACAGAAGUUUUGCAGAUCUUCAUCUUUAUGAAAGUCAGAUUAUCUUGGACUCCAGAGCUGAAGCCCCUUCUUUUCUUACAGAAGACAAAGAACUUGGGGAUGGCAUCAUUCCACCACAGUCCUCCUUACAGGAAGACCUUGCAAAUGCAGAGUUACCAAGGGCAUCUAGUCACCUCCUGGAAGAUAAAGCAGCUGGUGUAUCUGCGGCAGUGUCAGAUGAGUCUGUUGCUGGAGACAGUGGUGUGUACGAGGCGUCUGUGAAACGGCCAAGUGACAUGGAAGAUGGUGUUUACAGUGAAGAUGAUGCAGCUUCAUUAGAUAUAGCACAGAUCCAGCUAGGUGUCAAGUAUGAGAGCAGUAACUCAAGCUUUAUUAUCAUUGUGAUGAAGCUGAGAAACAUCCACAGCUUGCUUGUGCCACCAAGCGCAAAAGUAUAUUUUCGAGUUGCAAUACUUCCAUCAUCAAGUGAUAGCAGCUGCCUGUUCCGCACUAAAGUUCACCCAGCUAGUGAAUGUAUUCUGUACAAUGAGGUGUUCCGAGUGGACAUAUCCCAAGCAUCUUUACAGCAGAAGACACUUCGAGCUGACAUCUGCUCAGUAGGUGGAUCUCAACUGGAUGAAUGCCUGGCUGGAACUCAGAUCAGUUUGGCAGAACUGUUGCUAUCUAAUGAGGUCAUAACACAGUGGUACAACUUACUACCCUUCAAGAAGUUCCCAAAACACAAAAAUGGGGAGCAGCAUGAAGAACCCACUUUUGUUUCCACCCCAGAAGUCUCUGUCAUCAUGGACAUGGAUGCUGUAUCUGCAUUAUUGGAAAGGACUUCAGCUGAACUGGAGGCAGUAGAACUGGAACUGGCACGACAAGAGGAAGAAGAGGAGGAGGAAGAGCAUGAGCUAACUGCAGCUAGAGAAGAAUGGUUAGAAAUACUGGAGGAGUGUACCGCUAGCGUGGUGGAAGAGGAGGAGGAGGUAGAAGAAGACAUUAAAAUAGCUGAGAAGGAAGAUUUAGUAGAGGAUAUUGGACCUUAUCAGGAGGCUGAGAAUGCACUUGAGGAAAAUGUUAGGGAAGAUUUCACCCAAACGGAAGAAUCCAUGCUUCCUUCAAUUACAGCACAUCCAGCCCUGGUGGAUAAAGAAACCAACACCGAAGAGUCUGUAUGUGAGAAUGUGGCUGCCAGGCCGAAAGACAGGAGCAACAUCAGCUCAAGACAGAGGCAGUUUGUGAGAAAUAGCAUGAUCGUCCGUUCUCAGACCUUUUCUCCUGGGGAACGAAACCAGUAUAUCUGCAGGUUGAAUCGCAGUGACAGUGAUAGUUCAACACUCGCCAAAAAGUCACCCUUUGUGCGAAAUGCCACAGAACGGCGCAGUCUGAGAGUUAAACGGCCUGUUUGUCAGCCAAGAAGAGUAGCACAGGGACAUCAUAUUCUGACGUCUUUGGACUUGGAACUGGACCUACAGGCAUCACGGACAAGACAGAGUCGCUUGAAUGAUGAGCUGCAUGCACUGAGAGACCUGAAACGUUUGCUUGAAGAGAUGAAAGCCAGAGGAGAGACUGAACUUCCACAGUGGGUUUUGGAAGAUGACAGGUUCCAAAAACUGUUGAAACAGGCUGAGAAGCAGGCUGAGCAGUCAAGAGAAGAGAAGAAGCAAGGUCUGAAAGCUGAAAAGCUGAUGAGGAAGGCUUCAAAGGAUGUGUGCAGGUUGCGAGAGCAGAGUCAGAAGGUGCCUCUGCAAGUGCAGUCCUUCAGGGAGAAGAUAGCGUAUUUCACAAGAGCAAAAAUCAACAUACCAUCAUUACCAGCUCAUGAUGUAUGACUUCAUUUUUCGAACACAAAGUGUUUUCCACCUCAUUUUUACCAGUUUUUUAGUAUAGUCACCUGCUUUAUGGGAAAAAGUCUUUAUCUUACAGCAGUUGGACUAGAAGUGUAUGUAUCUGUAAAAUAAACAAUAUUGAAAACUUAUAUGUAAAAAGGUUUUUGUCAGAAGAACCAAAGUAGGAUUAUUCUGGUACACUGAAGCUAAUUUUGUACAGUUUGUAUGCAUUUCUGGUGUGCUCAUGUUUUGUAAAGAUGAAACACAGGAAAAAACUGCAGCACAGAGUAUAUAUGUUUUCUGUUGAACAGCACUGUGUUAAUAGAUAUGUUCAACAGGAGCUAUUUUAUUCUUUUCACUGUUUUCAUGUGACCAGACUGUGAAAAUGGCAAUGUGCCAUGCAAUAUUUUUGUAUAGCGGUGUAACUUUGUCAGUUUGGUGUUCUCUGCAAGGUGAGCUCUUUUUUCAAACCUGCAAAGCUGCCUCAUCUGACAGGUGCUGUGUAAAUUUAUAUCACUUGCACCCCUUAGUUCUUCUGUCUCAAUCUCUCUGUCCUGGUCAGUACAGAGAAAGAAACAGUGUGGACCAUGUUAAUGCAGGCUUGCAUUGUUGUGAAUGUACAGUAUUUUUAUUGUUGCUGCACUGAAGAUGUCAAGUCUGUUUAUAUUUUAGUACCUUUUUUAAGUACCCCCACCAGUAGUUUAACCAAAACCACAUCUCAAGACGUUCUUCCUGUAAAUGUUUAGUCUUUAUGAAGUCUUAAAUUUUAAACCACUUGCUGCUGUUUGUGUGGGUUAGACACACUUAAGAAAAUUUGAGUAAGUUGGCUGUUUUCUUCUCUAACUUUCCUUCUUGUUUCUCUAAAGAUCAUGUAAACCCCCUAAUAAAUAUUAUUUUCUAGUCAUGACUGUCCUUUCCAGCUUUAUUUUUCAAUAUUGCUAAAAGAAGCAAAUGUUUGUUCUUUGGACUUCAGCCCCAGGAUUAUGUCAUAUCAGCUGUAGAAUGCUGAUGUACCCACUAGAACACUGCUGCAGUUCCUGACUCUGUUCAAAUCAGGCAGACACUGCAGUACUUUGUCAUUAUUCACACUGCGUACAGAUGAGUGCACUUAUGUUCGGAUGGCAUCUUCUUUUAGUCCUAAAUAACUACCAGUAUGAUCCACUGGCUGCACUACAAACAGUCUUCAUUUUGUCUAUUGUGUUCCUUUGUGGUGGUGGAAAGGUACUGUCUUAUACUUGAGCAGCUAAAAUUGUUUGGACUAAACCAUGGUGGUAAUCUGUAAUUUUGCUGAGGCUAUUGGAUUUUGUUUAGUUUACCUACUGACCUUCACUCUUCCUAUAGGUAGACACAUGCAUGUGUGUGUACACGCACUUUUUCCCAAGGCUUUUUACUCUCAGACUAACAUGACCUCCCUUUCCCAGAAGGUACUGAUUCCAUACUUUUGCACAGAAUACAACAUAGACUUGUAAGAGAGAACGCCAGCUUCUCUCAUAUUGAACAUUCCUUUCUUGUGAAGUCACAUGGAGCACCAGUAACACAUCAUGGGGUCUGUUCCUUUCAUUAUGUGGCCUUAAGGCUGAUAUUUUUCAUCUGUACAGUAGAUAUGCAUUUCCCUUCCAUUGGAGUGUCAUAACAUUUCUAGGGAGUGUGCAGACAUCAUUAAUGAGCCUUUAAGCAAGCAAUCUAGGAACUCUCUUAUCAUUCCAAAUGAUGCUGUGAUGAUGUAGAACACUGGUGGUUUCAGUUCAACACUGUACUUACAUGGGGCAAAGUUUCAGACCAGGCAUUUGAGUUUGUAGAAGAAAGCGCUGGACACUGAGAAGCAGUUUAGCAGUAGCGUACAAACUGUUGCAAGGUGGCUGUCUUCUUUUAACUACAUUAUAGAUGUACAAAGUCUGUGUCAGGAAUCAUUGUGCAAGAUGCUGAUAUUUCUACUUGUCACUGUCAGUCUGUAUAUUAAAGAAAGAUGCACCAUCAUUAAAUAGGGGAAUAAUUAAUCCUCCUCCCUGUAACCAGCAAAUUAUCAGUUUUUGUAAAGUCGGAGACUACUAGGAAAUCACCAUUCACUUUUUAAGGUCAAGCAUUAAAAUGAAAACUUGGAGUUAUUAAAAGUAGAGUUUUUAAAUGAAGGAUGCUGAUUCAACCUGUCAUGUUGAUUUUUGUAUAAAAUGUUUUAUAGAGUUGAUGCUCUUAAGAGUUGUAACUUUUUUUUAUCCCUUUCCCUUUCAUUUAUUUAUUUACAGACUUAUUUAUGUUCUGUUCUUCAUAGUUCAGUUCUGGUCAUUUUAAGUGAGAGCCUUUACAUGGGUUCCAGUUAUCAUUUAGGUUUAUAAUGCCAUAGCUUAAACUCAGUCAACAAAAGUUAAAUAAAACUAAAAUAAAUGUCACUUAAAGAAAUGGAUAUCUCUGUUUUCUCUUUAGAUUGGCACAUUUAUGUAUACGUGAUUUUUACUCUGUGUAUAUUUGCAUUUUCGCCUUUUGCAAGCAAAACACUAAUGCUUCACAGUUCAGUUACCCAGCUGCAGGAUGAUAAACACAAAACUGAUUGUAUUUUUUCAAAAAAACAUUCAAAAUGUUCUGUCACUAUUCCUUCUUUGAUGAGUGAGUUACUGUCUUUACCCCUCUUAAAACUGUAGUAGGUUUUUAUGGUCGCCUCCAAGGUAGCCCCUUUUAAAUCUUCAUUAUUUUAAAUGGUAUUGCUACAGAAUGGAGUAUUGCUUUUUAGUAUGCCUUAUGUCAUCUUUUUUUUUUUUUUUUUUUUUUUUUUUUUGUUAAAGUAUAUCAAAAUCACACUGUAUUAACACUGGAGUCAGAAACUCCACGCAUCGUUUUGUAAAUAUUUAAGAGUUGCUUAACUUUAAUCUGUAUACAAGUUAUAUUGAACAUGGUAUGUAGGAUGCUGCGUUUGUUUUAAUUAAAGCUGUGUUGUUAUGUAAAAGUAUUACCGGUAAAAGGAAGGACUUUUCACUCUUUCUAGCCAAAUGAACAAACUGUAGCAGAAUUCUUAUACACAUAGAAAUGAAUAUUUUAAAAAGGUUUGUACUUCUCUAUCAGCGGUAUAUUCUAUGUAAAAUGCUCAGAACUGAACUAAAUAUUUAAUCAUGUUAUAUUCUAAAUGUCUUCUAUGUCCUAAUUUUGUUGUAGGAUUCAAAUAUUGUCACAUAGUGUAUUCUUGUCUCUGCACUUUCCAUGUGUUUCAUUGAUUGGAUAAAAUACAAGUUUUGAUAACCAAA